CAAUUAUUCCACUAGACUGCGGUGCCCUCUCUCUCUCUUUCUAUCUCCUCUCCCAACGCCAUGGAGUCUAGUGACGUCACCGCCAGUUUCCACCACUUCUCCAACUCUUCUAAUUCCUCCCCUACGUCGUCGUCGCCCAUCUCGUCCCCGCCGGCGCCGGCCCUGAUCCACAGCCCCUGCGCCGCCUGCAAGAUCCUUCGCCGGCGGUGCGCCGACAAGUGCCUACUCGCGCCUUAUUUCCCGCGAACGGAUCCUCUCAAGUUCACCACCGCGCACCGCCUCUUCGGCGCCAGCAACAUUAUCAAACUCUUGCAGGAUUUGCCAGAGAGCCAGAGAGCCGAUGCAGUGAGCAGCAUGGUGUAUGAAGCCAGCGCCCGAAUUCGCGAUCCAGUUUACGGGUGCGCAGGCACGAUAUGCCACCUUCAGAAGCAAGUCGGCGAGCUUCAAGCUCAACUGGCCCGGACUCAGGCCGAGCUCAUCAACCUCCAAGCUCAGAACAAGAACUUGCUCGCCCUGAUUUGCAUGGACAUCGAGCAAGAUUCCUCCUCUCAACAACCCGAUCCAAUUCCAAACUGCAUGUUUCAGAACAAUGACUGCUUCCUCGAAGACAUCAGCCAGAGCUACGUAUUUGCCAGUUCCUCCGGAUGCGAGCCGUCGUGGGACAUAUAGAAAAUUUAUAUAAUUAAAUCCACAAAUAUAUAUCUAUGUUCAUAGUAAUUGAUUGAAGCUUAACUAUUGUUAAGUUUGAUCUAAAUCUAAAUCUAAAUCUAAAUCUAAAAUCCUAGCUAUCUAAUCAGGCUUCUAAUCAAUUACGGCGAUAAUAUAAUUAAAUAGGAGAAAUGGACGAAGUGUAUUUAUGCUUUAUUGUAUAAUUAAUUUUAAGAGAUUAAUGUUAACAUUUUUUUCCCCUUCUGA